AUGAUAGCUGACGUCUUACAAAGGAGUGAUGAAAUCCAUAGAGCAAUAGCGGUCAAGAUGAGAAAGAUGGAAAAGUCAACAAAACGAAAUGGGAGUGAGACGAAAGCAAUGACAAAUUUAAAGAGAGAGUCGCUGUAUCAUUCUGAUAACCUUGUCAAAAGUAACCAGAGCCGUGCUAUGGCUGACUGCCCUAUUUUGUUAAGCAGCCUUUACUAUCGUAUCCUUCGAAUAUCGACUGUAUCGAUGAUUCAUGAGGUCGUCAAACAAGUAUGUCUACGUCACAACAGAAUAUGGCAUGAUACUCAUGAUGCAGAUCCAUAUCUUUAA